UAUCGUUCAUUGAUUGACCAUUGUCCCUCUUGCGCUGACGAGCAAAGCUAGAACGAUGGCCACGACACCUCAGCGAGUGACUCGGUCCAAAUCUACCUCCAACACUUCCAUCGUCAGUUCCAAUACAGUCCCUGGUCCACCUAUCCCAGCCCGAGACACAUCCACCAAGCUCGAUGCUGUUCACUUGUCCAACCCGUACCAGGUGGAUCUCGUCAUCCCCUACUCCAUCGCUAUAGAUCCCAGAGAUAGAGCCAAAUCCCAGAAUGAUAUCAAAGAAGGCUACGAGGUGCUACUCAGAGCGUUGGAAGGUGAAGGCGGACUGCGAGUCGCUAGUAGAGCUGGCAAGUCUGGUAAAGGAAAAGAAGAAGUAUGGGUCUUUGUCGGUGCAGAGGAUGAGAAGAUAGAAGAGCUGGUCGAGAUAGAACAAAUCAUGGACAAAUCGCACAACCUUCCACCCUGUUCUCACCCAAAUGGCGCAUCACCCGCUACUCGUAUUCGCCUCCUCUACGACCUCUUGACGAGUCCUCAGAUGCAACAUGGACUUGGUAUCACGCCAGGAAAAGGUAAAUGGAAGCGAGUCAAGAGUAUCAUGGCGUUGCACGAUGAAGAGGCAGACAAGGAUUGGAUAGAAAAAUGGACACUAGGGGGUGAUUGGAAGAUUGGCUUGAUGACGGAUCUGACGGAUAAGGAGAGCGAAGGUCUGGCGAGGCAUCAACCCCCUCCUGUCCACCUCUACUUCAACUUUCUCACUACCUACACAUUAUCGCUCCUCCCUCUAUCCGUUAUCUCGAUCCUAUUCUACUUCUUCACCGCCCCAGAAUCGUAUCCUCCGCUUUACUCGAUCAUCCUCGCUCUGUACUCUACCAUCUUCGUAGCCAUAUGGCGUGUGAAGGAACGCAAAUUGGCCGUUCAAUGGGGUACGAAAGGCUGUGAAUCCGUCGCCGUCGGUCGAUUGAGACCUGAAUACGUUGCGAAUAUGGGAUUAGACCGUCCCGGUCAAAAAGGCAAACGAGUGAUCGAUGUCGUGCGUGCUGGUGAUGACCUCAAACGAGACUUCAAAGUCGCUGCCUCGAUCCCUAUCAUCGUAGGAUGCGGACUCAUCCUCGGCACAGUCAUCAUGUGCAUCUUCAUGCUCGAGGCGUUUGUCUCGCACGCUUACGAUGGGGUGGGCAAGCAGGUCGUCCCACUCUUCCCAACGGCCAUUUUUGUCCUCGUCGUUCCCCAGAUCACCGGUCUCUAUCAGCGUCUGGCUAAACGUCUCGUCAAAUGGGAAGAUCACCCCACACCCGUCGGUGCGGACAAGAGUCUGACAGCAAAGACCUUCGCAAUGAAUGCGAUCGUUGCGUACCUGCAGCUGUUCCUAUCUGCCUAUGUCUACGUGCCCUUUGGACCUUUUAUCAUGGCGGCUGUCCAAGGUCAGCUGUCUGGCUCGAAAAUUGAAGGGGAGAGCGUAAAAUUUGCCAAGACGCCUGAGCAAGCUGGUCUUGGACCGAAAUCGAGCGGUCGUAAAUUGGCAGCGAUCAAAGCGGGCAGACUACGAGGACAGCUCUUUGCUUACACGGUCAACGGUCAAGUCAUCAACGCAUUUACCGAGCUCGUCUUGCCGUACAUCAUGAAUCGGGUGGAUGAAUGGAGAUCAGGCAAGAAGACCAUCAAGGAGGUCGUCUCGGUCCAUCAAGCCGGAGAAAAGCUGCCGAAGACGCCUGAAGAAGUUGAGAAGAAGUUCUUACAGAAGGUCGAGCGGGAGCUCAAGCUGCCGGAAUACUCCAUCUUCACUGAUUACGCCGAGAUGGUCACUCAAUUCGGCUACGUGACUAUCUGGUCCAUCGUGUGGCCUCUCGCUCCGCUGUGUGCCUUUGCCAACAACUACUUUGAACUCCGAAGUGACGCUAUCAAGAUCACCAGGCACGUCAGGCGGCCGAUUGGCGAUCGGGUGGAGACGAUUGGCAGCUGGCUGGAGACAUUGAACGUUAUUGCGUGGAUUGGAGCAGUGACCAAUGCUACGUUGAUCUACCUCUUCCGACCUUCAGCUCUAUUACCUGGACAAUCACCUAAUCCCGAAAUCCCAUCCACAGGAUCAGUCUACCUUCAUAAGAUCGUCUCAACAUAUGACGUGUCACCAACAUGGAAGAUGAUCUUACCCACGCUCGUGCCCCUAGCCGCCGUCGCUUUGACAGCCUCACACGGUUUUAUCAUUCUCCGCUGGGCUGUCGAGUAUAUAACUGAAAAGGCGCUAUGGAAAGGAAGCGAGGAGGAGAUUCAGAUUCAAAGAUUGGCGGGCGAUCAUGCCGACGUCAGCGAGCAGCUGGCAAAGCUGGAGAAGAAGCAGUACAGGGGAUGGGCUGUAGGCAAAGGCUUCUGGAAUGGUGGGGAAGAGGGUGCUAGGGAGAUUGGCAGGGUGUCCAAGGCAGAAUGAUUAUCAUCAGCUGGUUCAAUGAGGAAAAGUUUAUAGAAGCUGGUCACGACGUU